GUAUCCGCUGAUGUGCUCAAGGCUUUCUUGAACCCCAAGGGAGAGCACGCUCUGCUGUGGGCUCGGUGGGGCGGCUGCGCUUUCGAGCAAGGGCCGUGCAGACAGGCCGUCGCGAACCCCUACGACCGCGACGCGGAGAAGGCGGCGCUGGACGCCGCGACGCUAAACGAGUACGGCCUCGACCUGCUCAAGCGUAUCAUCGCGCCGUCUCUGGGGGAUGUCAGGACAGAGGAGGACUUCCACGCCGUCCUCGCCAGGGCGCACGUGAUCGUGGUGACGGACCUCGGCGUGCAUUGGCGCGUGGCAUCCGCCAACCUGCAGGAUGGUGCAGAGUUCAUGCCGUGGCCCAACCCCAGGAGCCCCGACCUCUUCGUCAGCGAAGUGCGGGACACGACGUCGCCAGCCAUCCGCCCGCUCCCCUCAGACUACGCCGAAAAGAUGGCUUGGUCGAUUGGGUGCAUGAGCAAUGUGGUCGCGGGCCUUGACGUGCCCACUAUUGCGACUGUCCAUGUUGCUCCUAUCUUCGGCGAUGGCCCUGCGCGCGUUGUCUCCGCUGUCGGCAACGUUUCAGGGUUCGAUCCAGGCGCGGCCAGCGCUCCGCCAGCCGCCGCGGCCGCUUCGGACCAGGGCGAGCAGCUCGCGAUUUUCAAGAGCCUCGCCAAGGCGCACCACGGUGCGUUCGAGGACUUGUCCUCGCCUCUGCCAGUGAAGAGGGCGAGGGGGCUCAUGAUGGGCUGCGGCGGUCCGUUGUCACCCGUGGAUGCCGAUGAGCAGAGGGCGAUCUUCGCUUCCAUUGCCGCCUCGGCCCACGGUGAAACGAUCGACGUCGAGGAUGGCGACGGUCUGUCGGCAGAGCUCGCGCGCGUGCUUGACGAGGGGGGGCGCCGGGUGGGCAGCGUCCGGAUGCCGUGGCCAUGCAGGCUCAAUAGCCGACAUUGCACACUCAGCAAGUCGUGGAUCGCGGAGAAGAGUUUUCUCGCUCGGUUAGACGGGAUGGUGGCGACUGGCAUGGUCUGGUCUCUUGUGCUUCUCGGGCUAUCAGGCGCGUCUGGCAUGCAGCUGGCAACGAGCGGCUGGCUCGAGAACGUGGCGCAGAACGCGACGUCCGCGCGGUUCACGCGCGCGGAGUGCAGCACCUGGCAGGUGGGUCAAGGCUGCUGCACGCCACUGGGAAACACCGCGUCGGCGUGGACCUUCGCUUCUCAUGGGGUGCAUGGCACUUGGUCCAGCACCACCGCGUUCAUCCGCUUCGACUUCCAUGACGAUACGAUCUGCGGUGGCGUGGCGAAUUCCAGGCAACACGGGAGCGCAGUUCUCACCUUGAACGACGCUUCGCCCAUCGACCUGACCCUUGCGAUGACAGGCGUCGCUGAGGCCAACUUCGAAAAGUUUGAACUGUACGUGGACAACGUCCUGCGCACCACGGUGCAAGCUUCAAACGGCCACGGCGGCAGCGCAUGCCAGGUCAGCACCUGCAUCAUGUGCGAUGUCAACAUGCCCUCGCAGACAUUCUCGCUUUCAGCUGGGCCGCACACAAUCAGGGUAGAGGUUGAUUCUCUCGACGGUCUGUUCCACAGGGGCGCUUACUUCCAGAUUACCUUCGGCAAAAGCAGCCCGACGUGUGCGCCCCGCUGGGAAACCAUGGGCAACCCCGAACACGGCGCGGAACAGUACGACCGCAAGCUCGAGAACAACCGCGUGUACAAGGUUGAGUGGUGCCAGGGCGAGGCGGCGGGCAACUGGGGGCUCGCCGAGCAGCGUGCGUGGUCCAACGAGCAGCUUCGGGCGCGAGUGCGGAAACUGACGGGGGAGCUGGCCGAGAGCAACGCGGCCGAGGAGGACGCGCAGGCGAAGGGAGCUGCAGACGCGAAGGCCCUCAGGGCCUGGAAGUCCUGGUUCGAGGCUUUCUCGCGCGUGUGCGACCAGGAGCUGCCGCCGAAGGCGACGAAGCUUCUGAGGGGCUGGGCGACUUGGAGGGUCACCCACUUGAGGGCCAUCCUGCGCUUUUCUCAGGAGGGGAUGCGCAACGGCAUCGGCAGGAUGCCGCGCAGGCCGUUCCCCUUGCGCAAGAGGGGCAAGGGCAGGAUGGGCCAGCGCAGGAAGCAAGCGGAGAAGGUCGAGUACGCGCGCCACGGGAAGAGGACCGUGAAAUCCCGCAGGGAGCGCGAAACCUGGCGCCGCAAUUACGACAGCUUCCACGGGGAAACUGCGGACCAGAUGGUAGACCUGCUCCUCGAGGAUGGCGUCCUGCUUGACUGGGAAGGCCGCGCCUGCCCUCACUGCGGCGUGGGAACCUGCGGCGCGCGGGUGCAGGAUGGCAGUCGCGGCCCGCAUUGGCGACGCAACGGCGGUAGGCUGCGCGCCGAGACCGUCGACCCGUGCACCGCCCGCCCCGUCUUCAAGUCUGGCGGGGGUUGCCAUUCGUCGAGUUUGUCGACGAAGGCCGAGGUCCUCUUCUGCCUCGCGCUCGGCAUGACCACCGCCCAGAUGCACUUGCUGACAGGUGCCAGCCGCAAGAUGAUCGAGGACAUGAGCGCGGCCGCGGCAACCGCGUGGCAGAUCUACGUGGAAAAGAACGAACCCAACGUUGCCUUCGGCGACGGAGCUCAGCGGCGCUGGUUCGACGUGGAGGCGGAUGAGUCGGUCUUCCGCGCCCAGCUGUCCGACGACGGUCGUUCCAGGACGUGGGAACAGUGGGCGGGCGUCGUCGAGCGCGGGCGCCCUGAUAGCCUCGUUCUGUGGAAGACCCAGUCAGGCGGCGCCGAGGUCAUCUUGCGCUCUGACGGGGCCCGCAGCUACAAGAUGCGCGCGUCGGGGCUCGUGCGCGACCACGUCGUGCACUGCGAGAAGCGGAAGAAGAUCGACAGGAAGUGGGCUUGGUUGAGGCCAGUCUACUCGAAGGUUGUCACCCGCAAGUUGCCCGGCGUCUCCAAGAUCAGGGUAAAGGCAGGGGCGCAGAUCAUCGACCGCGCCUGGAGGUUUUUCAAAACCCUCAUUGGCACGCGCGCGGACCUCCCAGGCAGCAGGCGUCUCGCGGCUUCGGUUCGCUCGGUCCAGUUCGAGUGCUGGAACAAGGGCGAGGAUAUGUGGGCGGCCACCGCGGAUGCCAUCUGGGAGGUCGCGGGCGCGGUGCAGUCGCUGGGGCAGGUUGCGUGCGACGCCGAGGGGGGCGGCGAGCUCGCCUUUGAGGAGGCGUCGUUGAUGGUCAGCGGUAGCAAGUUAGACUACCACCCCUCGAAGUGCGUCAAGAAAGGCAGGUUGGCUUUCGCUGGUGGCCUUUCUAUCUUCGACCUUCCUCUGCUACCGAUCGCGAAUUCGAGUGCCGCGAAGUUGGUCGCUUUCGCCGACGUGGUAUCCAACUACGAGGGCCCGAUUGUCUUCGACAAGGUGCACGAGUUGUACGCACAGGGUAAGUUCAAGGACUUGCAGGCCCACAACAUCGACUACGGCCAAAACUUUCGGACGGGGUCGAUUGCGUUCCAGUUCGUGCUGGAGAAGCUCGAGGGCUAUCAAAUACGGUGGGCGCGCUCGGACAAG